GUGAAGAAAUAGUAUACUCUUAUUUCAGAAUUUACUGAUAAAUUUAUGAUUUAUAAAUGAGAAGUUAAGAUUUGUCCUCUGCUGAUUAUAUGAUGGACCCUGAGGAUCAGGACCAAGAAAGAACCGAAAUCUUGUCUGCUCCGUCUGAGAAGGAGUGGUACCAUGGACGACUGGACAGAUUUCAGUCGGAGGAACGUCUCCGACUCACGGAGAAGCACGGGAGUUAUUUAGUUCGGGAGAGCGACCGUAAACCAGGAUCAUACGUCCUCUCAUAUUUCGGCCAGACUGGAAUAAACCAUUUCCGAGUUACCGCUGUAUGUGGAGAUUUCUAUAUUGGAGGUCGGCAGUUCGAUUCUCUUCAAGACCUCAUUGGAUACUAUACUCAUAUAUCUGAUCUUCUUAAACAUGAACGACUUCAGCACCCUGUCCCCCCUCCUGAACCUGUCAAUGAUAAGAAGAGAAUGGUUGCUAUACUACCCUACACAAAGAUGCCUGAUACCGAUGAAAUUACAUUCCAAAAAGGCGAUAUAUUCUUCGUACACAACGACCUCGGCGAUGGCUGGCUAUGGGUUACAGGUCACAGAACUGGAGAGCAGGGUCUAGUAUUUAAGGUAAAAGAAGUGGUUCAACUUAGUCUAAGUAGUUCAAGUACAAACUUUGCUCCUCACAAUCCUCUUUUUUAUAAGAACGAAGCUGUAGAUCUACUAGUUAGAGCAGGACCUGGAAGUUUCUUGGUUCGUCCCAGUGAUAAUUCACCAGGAGAUUAUUCUCUCUUUUUCCAUAUAAAUAAUCAGAUCCAGAGAUUUCGAAUAGAAAAGAAAGGAGUCAAGUAUGUAAUGGGAGGAAGGACAUUCGAUUGUCUCAAUGCUGUGAUUGACAGGUACAAGACUGAGCAGAUAGUUGAAGGAUUUACUCUCGGCCACCAUGUUAAAAAACAGAGCUGUGAAGACGACGGAAGUUUUCCAACUCGUCAGGAGGAACCGGAGGAGAGCGCGGCUGAGAAAAUUUACGCAAGUUUACGCGAAUGUCGUGAACAAGCCGAUCCCAAGCGUCAGAAAGGCGUAAAAAUGCAAGGAUUCCUUAAUAAGAAGAAGGAACAGAAAGAAAAGUGGAAAUCUCAAUAUUUUGUUCUAAAACAGGAAGGAUCAGAUUGCCAUAUGUACAUCUACGAACAUCCCAAACGAACCAAGCCUAAAGGAUUAAUAGACCUGUCCUGUGCCUAUAUGUAUAUGGUUCAUGAAUCCCUGUUUGAUAAACGAAAUGUGUUCCAGCUGGUGGAGCGAGCUCUACCAUGUCUUGCAACAACUACAUACCUCUCAGCAGAGACAGCCUCGGAGCUGGAGGAUUGGUUUACAGCCAUCAAACCUCUCUGUGUCCCCCAAAUGGUUCGUUCUCCCAAGGUUGCCAAACUCCGUGAGGUUCGAACCCUCUUCUUAUCUAUCUCCGAGGCUCAUAGGCUGCCCUUGAAACUUGUUCCAAACCCUUACUGUGUAAUAUCUUUCAAUCAAGUAAGGAUUGCGAAGACGAAGGUGAAACUAGGUCCUGACCCUGUAUUUGACGAAGAGUUUGAACUCGACGAUAUUCCUCCUGAUGUAUUCACUGUUACAGUCACAGUUUUUAAUAAGGCUAAACGAGGGAAGGAUACCGAGGUAGCAGAGCUGAUCCUUGAGUUGAGUAAUGUCCGUAACAGUGAGGAUAUAGAGGAUUGGUUCUCUCUCAGUGGUGUAACUCCUAUAGGAGAGUGGGGAACUAUUAGACUCAGGACCAGAUAUCUUCAUGAUCUCAUUAUGCCACAGGACGAAUAUUCUCCGUUGAAGGAAUUGAUCCUGAAUCCUCUGCUGGAGGUUGUUGUUUCCCUCGCAGAUAUUUGUCACACAGAUCGUCUUCCUCUAGCUUCUUCUCUUCUUAGAAUAUUCAGGUUUGAGAAGAAGGAGGCUGACCUCCUGGCCUCGCUUAGUCAGCUCGAGAUUGAGAGGGAAGAGGAAACUUCAACUUUAUUCCGAGGAGCCAGCCUCACAACAACACUCAUGGAUCUGUACAUGAAAUCCGUCUGCCAGGACUUCUUACAUACAGCACUCUUCCCUACUAUUCAUAGAAUUCUUGAAACCCGACAGAGUUGUGAAUUGAACCCCAGCAAGAUAGAAUCACCAAAUGAAGCUUGCGCUAACGCGGAAUUUUUACUACAGGUGUUGGAUGAUAUCACUGAAUCAAUCUUCAUGUCUUCAGAAGCUUGCCCAAGAACCCUCAGGUAUAUCUGCCACUGUCUUCAGAGAGAUGUGCAGGCAAGAUGGCCGAAUGAAAGAUUGGUGAAGACCAGAGUUGUUUCAGGCUUUAUCUUCCUUCGUUUACUCUGUCCUGCCAUCCUUAAUCCUAGACAGUUCGGCCUUCUUUCAGAUCCUGUCCCCCCGGCAGCUAUGCGAUCAUUUGUGAUGAUCGCGAAGUGUCUGCAGAACCUGGCAAAUCUAGUGGAGUUUGGGGGGAAGGAAACCUACAUGGAGGUCGUCAAUCCCUUCAUCCUCAAGAAUAAGGAGAGGAUGGUCGUCUUCCUUGAUCAUCUUUCGAGUGUUCGUGAGCGUCCCUACCCUGACGAGGAUAGAGUAAAGGGAGACCCUGCACGUGAUCUAGCAACAGUUCAUCAUGUUUGUGAAAAUCAUCUUUCUGAACUAGUGGAUAUCAGUAAAGAGAUGAACAGCAUAAAGACAUUGGUAACUGUGACCGAGAUGUUGAGUAAACACAAGCAGAAGUAUACCGAGAUGCUCGGCAGCUAGCAUACCGCGGCGCCCCUCCCAGCCGGGGGGCGCCGCGUAGACACCCUCGCCUGGGAUCAGGGGGAAGCAUCAGCUGUACCGGGUAUCGCAAGAGGAGACGAGCUUUCAACUGUAUGGCAGCAGUGGCCGCAGUCCAACGAUUUGGAUCUUCUCUUCUGUGCUCGGGAGCAUCAUUGAUAGCUUCAAUCAAUAUUUCAGCGCUUUUCAAAAUAUCUCGUUCAUUAGUUUCUGUGCCAAGCGCAUCAUGAACGAUGCUGUGUGCUCGUAAAGAUGCUUUAAACUAAAGGAGAAAAACUUUUAUCUAGUUAAUCUUCUUGGUAAGUAUAUACAAAUACAUGCAUGUAUAUAUUCGUUAUUUAAAGGAAUCUACUCAAAAUUUCAUCUCUCGCAGAACAGCGCUAAAACAAAAUUUUGAAAAUCACUUUAAAAUGAAGGAUCGGUAUUUUUAUGAUGCCAAUCCAGUUGGUGGAGGAGGUUGAGGAUUCCUUUUUGAGUUAAAAUUUUUACCCAAUGCUUUUAUAAGUCCAGUGAACAUUUUUAAACAAGCAAAUUGCAUGCUUGCUUUGUAACUGCAGAUAAACAUUUAUCAUUUCUGAUGAAUUUUUGUACAAAAUAUACUUGCCUACAACUAGUACUAACCUCAUUAAACUUGAAAAUUAAUCCUGAAUUAGACUAGAAUGGUUCUAAGUAGCUAUAAUUCCUGAAUCCAUUAAUAACAAUAUAUUGCUGUACCAAAUUAUAUUCUUCGAUACAUUUCAUAGAAUCCAAAUUUUCUCUUGUCCAACAGUUUGAAACACUUUCUCUCUUUGCAAUGUAAUUUCUAGUCUCAUGACAUUUAUAAUAAUGCAAUAGAUGCAACAGGAGGAUCGUUUAGGGACAACAGGUUCAACGAUCGUCUGGAUAAAACAGGGGCGAUGGGAAGGUUUUCCUAGAUACUACAGGGGCAAAGGGGAGGUUUGUCUAGAGGCAGCAUGGGCGAAGGGAACGUUUUCUUAGAUGCAACAGUGGCGGAGGGAAGGAUUUUCUAGAUGUAACAUGGGCGAUGGGAAGGUUUGUCUAGAAGCUACAGGGGCGAUGGGGAGGAUAGUUGCGAAUUUAAUCCAAUUUCAACAAAAAGCCAAAAACUGCGAUAUCCAUGAAGGCCCUGGAAAUGUAUAUGGUGUAGAAACUUGUAACCUUGUUAUUAUGCUUCUGUUAGAUCUUUAAUAUGUAAAUAAUAAUAAGAUGCUUUGUGAUGUUUAAUUAUAUUUAAUUUAAUAUAAUUUUUGCCAUCUC